AAAAGGUCUAGAGGUCUGUGAUAUUUCUGAACUUUUUCCAAACUCCUUCUGGAACGCUCUGUGCUCUUCCAGGCCCAUAAUAAUAACUCCAUGGAAGUCCCUGCACCAGAGGAAUCUCCACCAGACACCACCCAGAGUCUCAGGCAGAAGGAGCUGAAGCGGGAAGGAGACGGGGCUGCCGCCUUGCAGGGUGAGAAGGAACUCUUCUGGGAGUUUUGGGGUUUUGUGCUUCAGGGGGAUGAUAAAUAAAUAAAAUUAUUGUUGUACUUGUUGUUGUUAUAUGUAGGCAUUGGGUUGCUAACAGUUUGAUUUCAGUUUGAUUUGCAGUUUUCUUUCUUGCAAUAGAACUGAAUAUUCAGCCCUUCAGUGUCUUCCCAGGUGGGACCCUAAGCUGAGCUGAGCCCUGAAACUGAGCUGGAAGACAAACAGGCGGCAAAAAAUCACUUUAGUCAAUUGAAACACCAAGCCCAGUGCUUGUUUCACUCGAACAUCCUCACAGCAGGGCUUGCGAGAUAAAGUCCUACACCCUCACAUUGUACAUCUUCUUGGGUGUUGAAUGCGCCUGUGUUCUUAGGGUCGUUUCCUCAUCGGUCUCUUUAUAGGACUGCAAUGGUCACCUCUGAGGCCUGUUUCUGUGACCAGCUUUCCACCCCUUACUCUCUCUCCAGGGUCUGGAAUGAUGCUGUUGCCGAAUCCUCAGUCGUUUCUCCCCCUUUGCGAUGGAGUGGGACUGAGUCAGGUAAGCAGAAGGAUUCCUGGGAGAGGAGGACUGGGCCUGCCGGGGUGCCCUUGGUUCCAGGCUUAAUGGCCAAAUAUCUAUUGAAACUGACAAGAUAGAAUGUGUUUCCUUAGAAGUGAAAUACUGACGGCACAAUUGCAAACCGUGCCAACAAGGAGGGGAAAAAAUGAAGAGAAAACUAAAGAAACUAGAAUGGAUGUUCAAAGAACUUUCAACGGAGCUAAGAUUCAAAAGGGACAUGUACAAGAAAUGGAAAGGGGGAAGAGUCACCAAGGAAUGUAAACGACUAACCAACAUAAGUAGGGAAAAGAUCUAACAAUCUAAAUCAGAAAAUGAGGCCAGAAGAAGAAAUGAGCCAAGAGUAGGGUCUGUGCCUGGAGAAGGUGGUGAGAUGCUAACCAGGGAUAGGGAAGAGGUAGAACACGGCCUCAGUCUUCUCCCAAAAGGAAAUUGGUAUUCUGCCUGACGAAGAUGGAGCAACUGGAGAAAUGCAACCCAAAAUGGGUAAAGAAGUGGUCCAGGAAUACCUGGCCACUCUCGAUGAAUCCCAGUCUCCAGGGCCAGGUGAACUACAGCCAAGGGUAUUGAACUAACAGCAGUAAUCCCAGAACCACUGUCAAUCCUCUUUGUUCAUUUUUGGGAACAGGAGAAGUCCCAGCAGGCUGGAGGAGGCAAAGGUUGUCUCUAUCUUCAAGAAUGGACCAAAAAGAGGUCCCCUAACAAUGACCAUCCAGUUAUCUUGACUUGUCCCAUAAGCAGUUGGAGCAGCUGUUUAGACUCCCGAAUGUUUAUAAGGAGGAGAUCGUUUGAUGUGGAUCGAUAAUAGUUAUAGAGGGAGCGGAUCUGUUUGUUUGCUAUUAUGCACUCUUUAUCGAACCAAUUUUUGGAUCUGACCCUGGGUUGCCUCGGCAUUCUUUGCCAAUCGUAUAGUUUUUAAAAGAUAGGUUUUAUAAGGGAUUCAAACCCGGUGAUGCCUCCUCGAAAUCUGGGAUUUCAAUGAUCAUAGUUUCUAUGGACAACACUUCCUAAGAGUUCAAGAUAUCCAGGCACACCCCUUUUGUCUUAACGUUCCGCUUCAGCCUGGUGUAUUGUGGGUAGGCUUGUCCAGGUGGGGAAGUGCUGCUUCUCUCCAAAACCAGGAGAAGUGGGAGAUAGAUGAUCACUAAGCAAGGAAUUGUCUAUAGCAAAUGAAUCAAUGUUGCUAGCUAUGGAGGGAGAAGUCAGAAGAUAGUCUAUGACACUAGAGCCCCUUGGUGAGACCAAUGUAUAUUCUCCAGAGUCAGGAAACUGAGUAAGUCCAUUUAGCCGAGACAGGUUGAGCUGCAUGGCCAUUUUGGUCAGGCACUUUCCGGCUUGGUUUCACGCUUGGUCCUUAGAGUGUCGGGCUUCUGGUGUCAGGAGAGAGUUGAAGGGAUCUUUGUCCAGGCCCUCUUCUCUCAACACAUUUAUUCAACUAGAUCCUACCCUUGCAUUGAAGUCACCCGUUAUCUUGACCUAAAUAACAGGAAAAAUGUUGGAGCAGAUCAUGAAGAAGGCCGUCUGGAAUCACUUGGGAAAAGUGCUGUAAUCACUGAAGGACAAGAUGAGUUUCUCCAAAACAAGUCAUGCCAGACUAAUGUACUUUUCAGUAGAGCUACAAGCUUGGUAGAGGAAGGAAAUGCAGUGGAUGUAGCACAUCUUGCUUUCAGUAAGACCUCUGGAAAGGCCUCCCAUGGUUUCACAAACAACUAGUAAAAAGUGGGCUGGAUAAUACUCCUGUUCGGUGGAUUUGUAAUGGUUUGAGCGACAAAGGGUGGAGUGCCGCAGGGCUCUGUCCUGGGCCCAGUACUGCUCAACAUGCGUAUCAUAUUUUGAGAUGACACCAAAUUAGCAGGUAUAGCUGACAGUCUAGAAGAUAGGAUCAGAAUUCAAAAUGGCCUGAACAUGGUAGAGAGCUGGGCCAAAACUAACCCACUUAAUGUCAACAAAAAUAUAUGUAGAGUUGUACACUUAGGCAGGAGAAAAAUGCCAUGCACAGGAACAGGAUGGGCGACACCUGGCUUGACAGGCAUUCAUAUGAUGGGAUCUUGGAGUGUUAGAGGACUACAAGUUGAACAUGAGCCAACAAUGUGAGGCAGCAGCUGAAAGGACUAUGGGAUUUUGGGCUGCAUCCCAAGGAAUAUCGUGUCUAGAUUCAGGGAAGUCAUGGCAACCUUCUUUCUGCUUUGGGGAGACCUCACCUGAAAUACCACUGUGUCCAGUUCUGGGCACCACAAUAAAGGCUGGAACAUGCUCAGAUUCCAUUUCUUAUUCUACGUAUCAAUUAAGAAAUGGUUCUGACUGUGACCAACCCGUCAUCUCUACAAAGCUUACAACUGUGGCAUGGAGGCCUUGGCCCUUUCCCUUUCAAACAACCAACAGGAAUGUAAAUCUGCUUUAAAGAAUUUCUUGUUAUUAUUUUUCUUGAUCGCUCUCACGUGAGAAGGGAAUCUUUUCUUCUUCCGCCAGGGCCCAAUCGCCUUUGAGGACGUGGCUGUGGAUUUCUCCCUGGAGGAGUGGGUUCUCCUGAAUCCGGAUCAGAAAGCCUUGCACAAGCAGAUCAUGGAGGAGAUGAAUGGGAUUGUGGACUCUCUUGUAGAUAACGGGGAGAAGAGCCAUGUAUGCACCAAAUACAGGAAGCAUUUGGGACACAACGGGUGCCUUCAUCGACACCAGCAAGCCCACAGAGAAGAUGGAGGUUCUGCCAGAGAAAGGCCCAACAAAUGCAUUGUAUGUGGGCAAUGUUUUACCCAAAAUGUGGCACUUGUCCUUCACAAGACACUUGAUGUUGGGAAAAGCCAUCUUAAAGGGAAAGUAUCUGCAAAAUGUGUGGUGAAACACAAGAAAUUUCACACAGGUCAGGAACAAUACAGAUGCCAAGAGUGUGGGAAGUGUUUUGCUGAAAGUUCAGCCUUGUUGAGCCACAAAAGAGUCCACACCAGGGAGAAGCCAUACAAAUGUCAGGAGUGUGGGAAAUGUUCUGCUUCCCAUUCAGACUUGUUGAAGCACAAAAGACUCCACACAGGAGAGAAGCCAUACCAAUGCCAGGAGUGUGGGAAAUGUUUUACUUGCAGUUCAACCUUGGUGAGCCACAAAAGACUCCACACAGGAGAGAAGCCAUACCAAUGCCAGGAGUGUGGGAAAUGUUUUACUUGCAGUUCAACCUUGGUGAGCCACAAAAGACUCCACACAGGAGAGAAGCCACACCAAUGUCAGGAGUGUGGGAAAUGUUUUGCUGAAAGUUCAGCCUUGUUGAGCCACAAAAGAGUCCACACCAGGGAGAAGCCAUACAAAUGUGAGGAGUGUGGGAAAUGUUCUGUUUCCCAUUCAGACUUGUUGAAGCACAAAAGACUCCACACAGGAGAGAAGCCAUACCAGUGCCAGGAGUGUGGGAAAUGUUUUACUUGCAGUUCAACCUUGGUGAGCCACAAAAGACUCCACACAGGAGAGAAGCCACACCAAUGCCAGGAGUGUGGGAAAUGUUUUGCUGAAAGUUCAGCCUUGUUGAGCCACAAAAGAGUCCACACCAGGGAGAAGCCAUACAAAUGUGAGGAGUGUGGGAAAUGUUCUGUUUCCCAUUCAGACUUGUUGAAGCACAAAAGACUCCACACAGGAGAGAAGCCAUACCAAUGCCAGGAGUGUGGGAAAUGUUUUACUUGCAGUUCAACCUUGGUGAGCCACAAAAGACUCCACACAGGAGAGAAGCCACACCAAUGCCAGGAGUGUGGGAAAUGUUUUGCUGAAAGUUCAGCCUUGUUGAGCCACAAAAGAGUCCACACCAGGGAGAAGCCAUACAAAUGUGAGGAGUGUGGGAAAUGUUCUGUUUCCCAUUCAGACUUGUUGAAGCACAAAAGACUCCACACAGGAGAGAAGCCAUACCAGUGCCAGGAGUGUGGGAAAUGUUUUACUUGCAGUUCAACCUUGGUGAGCCACAAAAGACUCCACACAGGAGAGAAGCCACACCAAUGUCAGGAGUGUGGGAAAUGUUUUGCUGAAAGUUCAGCCUUGUUGAGCCACAAAAGAGUCCACACCAGGGAGAAGCCAUACAAAUGUGAGGAGUGUGGGAAAUGUUCUGUUUCCCAUUCAGACUUGUUGAAGCACAAAAGACUCCACACAGGAGAGAAGCCAUACCAGUGCCAGGAGUGUGGGAAAUGUUUUACUUGCAGUUCAACCUUGGUGAGCCACAAAAGACUCCACACAGGAGAGAAGCCACACCAAUGCCAGGAGUGUGGGAAAUGUUUUGCUGAAAGUUCAGCCUUGUUGAGCCACAAAAGAGUCCACACAGGAGAGAAGCCAUACCAAUGCCAGGAGUGUGGGAAAUGUUUUGCUUACAGUUCAAACUUGUUGAGCCACAAAAGACUCCACACAGGAGAGAAGCCAUACCAAUGCCAGGAGUGUGGGAAAUGUUUUGCUUUCAGUUCACACUUGGUGAGCCACAAAAGACUCCACACAGGAGAGAAGCCAUACCAAUGCCAGGAGUGUGGGAAAUGUUUUGCUGUCAGUUCACACUUGGCGAGGCACAAAAGAAGCCACACAGGAGAGAAGCCAUAUAAAUGCCAUGAAUGUGGAAAAUGUUUUACUCAGAGUUCAGCCCUUAACCAGCACCAGAGAACACAUACCGGCUAAAAAACAGCCAUUGUGGGUAAAUGUCUGAUUUCAAACAGGACCCUUUGAGAAGUUCUGCGUCAGAUUUGGUGGAGUCCCCGUUCUUGUCAUUUGAACCUGUAAGUUGGAGGUCUGUUCUCUGGAGCAGCAGAAAGAAAGCUCUGUGUGACAAUCCUUCAGAGCAGUGGUUCUCAACCUGUGGGUCCACAGAUGUUUUGGCCUUCAACUUCCAUAAAGCCUAACAGCUGGUAAACUGGCUGGGAUUUCUGGGAGUUGUAGGCCAAAACACCCGGGGACCCACAGGUUGAGGACCACUGCUUCAGUGUCAGUUCCUGGAAGGUGUAGGAGACAAAGAUAGGCUCACACAGCUUGUAGCUAUGGAAAACUUUAUUGAAUCCGCCUUGCCAAAAUGGCCGCAAAGCUUCUACUGCCCGUCUUCCGCUCUUUCCCCUCAGUAUAUUGGGUGGUUGCUUCCCUCCUCCCUUCACGUCUCUUCUCCAUUCACACCUCCCUUUCCUUUUGUCCUUUCCCACGUUUGAAGACCAGACCCUGUCAUAAAUCAGCCUUCCCAGCCAAAUGGUCUUCUUUAUCCGAUUUGUUGUAGUCAGGUGUGAAAAGAACAGCUUGGAGAAUGCUGAUCUUUUUGCAUCCUGACAUUCAGAGAGUUAAAUAUUAAGUUAAGUCUUGUCACCUCGUCUGAAAAGAAAUAAACCAUAUGUGAUUCCA